GGACUAAUCCAAAUGGUGAGAGUGCUCGUGCCCGUCUCUCCUCCUGUCCUCGGAGCCACUAUAAAAAAGGCGCAUCUGGAUGCCCUGUAAUCCUGGCCAUGGUGGUGGCGGGGACGCAGAUUGCCCAAGUUGUUUCCAAGGCAGCCUCAAGGUGCCUCACAUUUCUUGAUAGAGUUCAUCUUAUAUCUGAAUCUUAAAGCAGGAAACGAGAGAAGCGGAGAGAGCUAGAGGUGCAGAGAUGAGUUUUUCAUGGAGUAUCGGCGUUUUGGGAGCGCCGCCAGCUAUGUCUUCCUCUUACCCUUCUCAUCCAACUUCGUUAUUUGGAAGUAAUUUUUCUUUAAAACCAGAGUUGCGUCUCGGCCACAACCUUGAGAAGCAGUCCAUCCCCAUUUCUUCUUUACCUGUAAAGACCACGCUCAUCACUUCUUCUCAGUUCCCAUGGCCUAUACCCAAGGCCUCUCUCUCAACCACUCACCUUACGGAUGAGGUUGAGUCCAAAGACAAAGGCGUCGAGAUCCCACAAUUCGACUUCGGUAAGUAUACGAUGGCGAAGGCAAGCUCCGUUAACGAAGCGCUGGAUAAGGCUGUCCCCAUGAGGGAGCCGCAGAAAAUCCACGAAGCCAUGAGGUACUCGCUGCUGGCUGGCGGGAAGCGCGUCCGGCCCAUGCUUUGUAUCGCCGCCUGUGAGCUUGUUGGUGGGAAGGAAGAGACGGCAAUGCCGGCCGCAUGCGCCGUGGAGAUGAUACACACCAUGUCUCUCAUCCAUGACGAUCUUCCUUGCAUGGAUAAUGAUGACCUUCGAAGGGGAAUACCCACAAACCACAAGGUUUACGGCGAAGAUGUAGCUGUCCUGGCUGGGGAUGCCCUCCUUUCGUUUGCCUUCGAGCACGUCGCCUCUGCAACCCGCGAUGUUUCCCCUGAUAGGCUUGUCAGAGUGGUCGUUGAGCUAGCAAAGGCAAUUGGGUCGGAAGGGCUCGUCGCCGGCCAGGUUGUCGAUCUGCAUUCGGCCGGAUUAACAGAUGUCGGCAUGAAACACCUGGAAUACAUACAUGUUCACAAGACGGCCGUUCUGUUGGAGGCAGCAGUUGUCAUGGGAGCAAUUGUAGGCGGAGGAACAGACGAAGAAAUUGAGAAGUUGCGAAAAUUUGCCCGGUGUAUCGGCCUUCUGUUUCAAGUGGUAGAUGAUAUCCUGGAUGUAACAAAAUCUUCAGAGGAGCUGGGAAAGACUGCUGGAAAAGAUCUGCUUGCUGAUAAGAUUACUUAUCCAAAACUGCUGGGACUUGAGAAGUCCAGGGAGUUUGCGGCACAGUUGAACAUGGAAGCCCAGGAGCAGCUUUCAGGAUUUGACAUCAACAAGGCAAUGCCCUUGAUCAGUUUGGCAAACUAUAUUGCCUAUCGCCAGAACUAGAUUCUACAGUGCUUUAGUUUUUUUCUACAUUUCGGAAAGACCAGUUUGUGUCCCCCUUUUUUUCCUUUCUUAGUUCUCAGCUGCCGAGUAUGGUCGAUUUUACGGCUUGCCUAGUUGGAAGAGCAGUACUGAUAUGCCUGCUGCCUUGAUGACUUCCUCAAGUGAAGAGACAUGCAAGUACCUUCAUCCAUGUAACGUAAUAGAAAGACAUGAUAGCUGAUGUAAGAAUAAUUUAGGAACAGGGGUAACAAUUGCGGAGAAGAGCGAUGGUGCAGGCAAAUAUUUUAUUGGUUUUGCUAUGUUGUAUAUGAAUGUAAUUUUACAUCUAUGAAUAUGCAUAGAAGAAUCCUGUCAGCACCUCUGAAUUCGAUUGAAAUUUUACUGCUGUUUGCUCA